AUGGUUAGCCAAACUUUCCAGUCCGAGGAACAAUGGCUGGCUCAAGUGACAGCUAUGCGACAAGCUAUUGCCGACUUGAAAUUGUCAUCCCUCAACGACGCGCCGCAGAUGUAUGGGGCAGAUCUUGACUUGGACGAAGACUUGAGUGAAGACGUUGAUGACGACAUCUGGGACGCUGAAAGCGCGGUCGAUGAGAGCCCUUUCACCGACGAUGUCGACGACGCGGUAAAUGGGUUCAAAACUCCCAACUUUGACACCAACGGUGUCUUUGACAGGACAUGGCUAAGUUCAAAAUGUGCUGCCUGGGCUCGCUCAAAGCCUGGCAUCGACCCCACCGAGAUCGAGCAGCAAAUCACUGCUCUGUUGGCGUCAGACACUUCGGACGAUGAAUUGCAGAUGUCGCUAGCAGAUAUCGUUGGAUUUGACGACCUUGACUUUGUCAUUGAACUCAUCUCUCAUCGCAAGGAAGUCCUUAAUUCUCAAACUGCGACUAUUCGUCAGACCGAUGGCCUCUUUGGAUCCCUGGAGACUCGUCAGGAGCGCGAUGCAACUCUCCGACGACAGGACUACGAGCACAAAAAUGCUGCCCUGGCUCCAGCUUUUGAUCGAUCAGGGCCGAAAUAUCCUCAUGUCUACAAGUCUGAUGUCGCCGCCACGGGUAAUAUGUUGGAUGUGGCUGGCAGAAGGUAUGCCCUACCUCUUGGCAGUACGCGACAUGACUAUCAAAAAUACGAGGAGUAUGCAAUCCCGGCCUCAAAGGUAGGCUCUCUUGCUGCAGGACAGAAACUGGUCGCUAUCUCCGAGAUGGAUGGUCUGUGCCAACGUACCUUCAAGGGUUACAAGAGCUUGAAUCGAAUGCAGAGUCUGCUUUAUCCUGUGGCAUACACUACAGCCGAGAACAUGCUAAUCUGUGCUCCUACUGGUGCUGGUAAGACUGAUGCGGCUAUGCUCACGAUCCUGCAAGCCAUUUCCAAGAACAUCAUACCCAAUCCAAUUGAGGAGCCCACUGCCACGGAGUUUAUAGUGAUGGCAGACGAUUUCAAGAUCGUCUACGUUGCGCCGAUGAAAGCUCUAGCUGCCGAAGUUACAGAAAAGCUGGGCAAGCGAUUGGCAUGGCUGGGCAUUCAAGUGCGAGAGUUGACUGGUGAUAUGCAAUUGACGAAGAAGGAAAUUGCUGCGACCCAAAUCAUCGUGACGACACCGGAGAAGUGGGAUGUUGUUACUCGGAAGAGCACUGGAGACACUGAACUGGUCCAGAAAGUCCGGCUACUCAUCAUCGAUGAAGUCCAUAUGCUUCAUGACGAGCGAGGUGCUGUUAUCGAGUCCUUGGUCGCCAGGACAGAACGGCAGGUGGAAAGUACACAGUCACUGAUUCGUAUUGUUGGACUGUCUGCCACUCUUCCAAAUUACAUCGAUGUUGCGGACUUCCUGAAAGUCAAUCGCAUGUCUGGCCUGUUCUACUUUGAUGCUUCUUUUCGCCCCGUCCCUCUCGAACAACACUUCAUCGGUGUCAAGGGGAAGGGAAGCAAGGUUCAGCGCGAGAACCUAGAUCAAACCACCUUCGAGAAGGUCAAGGAGCUUCUGAAACAGGACAAGCAAGUCAUGGUCUUUGUUCAUUCCAGGAAAGACACCGUGUUGGCUGCCCGUACCCUCUACCAAAUGGCUGUUGACGAUGGGUGUGCAGAGCUGUUUGUGCCAGACUCCGACAAUCCUGCCUAUGUAAGAGCAAUGGCCGAUUUGAAAACCACUCGAGGCCGAGAACUGCGAGACAUUGUUCCCAAGGGGUUUGGAUGCCAUAAUGCUGGCAUGCCGCGAUCAGACAGAAACUUUGUUGAACGAAUCUUCUCUGACGGCGCCAUCAAAGUGCUUUGCUGCACAGCAACCCUUGCAUGGGGUGUCAACUUACCCGCGGCAGCCGUCGUAAUCAAAGGAACACAACUUUACAGCGCUGAAGCCGGUAAAUUUGUGGAUCUUGGAAUACUUGACGUCCUUCAGAUUUUUGGACGUGCUGGUCGUCCCCAGUUUCAAGACAGCGGUGUCGGAUACAUUUGUACCACUCACGAUAAAUUGCAACAUUAUCUGUCCGCCGUCACCCAGCAGCAACCAAUUGAGUCCAAAUUCUCACAGAAGAUGGUCGAUAACCUCAAUGCUGAGAUCAGUCUGGGUACAGUAACUACUGUGCAGGAGGCAGUGACCUGGCUGGGCUACACCUAUCUGUUCAUUCGCAUGCGGCGAAACCCGCAGGCCUACGGGAUAGAUUGGAAUGAGUACCAAGAUGAUCCUCAACUGGGCCAAAGGCGGCGCAAACUAAUCAUCGACGCCGCCAGAACGCUGCACCGUAGUCAAAUGAUCAUCUUCAAUGAGAGAACGGACGAGCUACGAGCAAAGGAUGUCGGUCGUAUUGCCAGCCAAUUUUAUGUCCUUCAGAGCAGUAUCGAAAUAUUCAAUACCAUGAUGCGGCCACAUGCAAGCGAGGCAGAUGUUCUGAAAAUGAUCAGCAUGAGCGGCGAGUUCGACAACAUCCAGUCCCGAGACAAUGAAGCGCUGGAACUACACCGACUACGCCAGGAAGCUGUCGUGUGUGAGAUCGAGGAUCGAAAGAAUGGCCCGAAGAGCUCCGAGGAAGAGAAAGAGCAGAGAGUUAUUGAGAACCACGCAAAGACAAAUAUUCUCCUUCAGUCAUACAUAUCGAGGGCGAAACUUGAAGAUUUUGCCUUGGUUUCAGACCUGGCAUACGUUGCACAGAACUCGGCCCGAAUUUGUCGAGCUUUGUUCAUGAUCGCUCUGAAUCGUGGCUGGGGUUAUCAGUGUCAAGUUCUCCUGUCCAUGUGUAAGGCCAUUGAGAAGCAAAUCUGGCCUUUUCAACACCCAUUUCACCAGUUUGAUCUACCUGUACCAGUCUUGAAGAAUUUGGAUGACAAGGCACCCUCUUCGAACAUUGAAAGCCUGCGAGAAAUGGAGCCAGCUGAGAUUGGAAAUCUUGUGCACAACCAAAAAAUGGGGACCACCUUGACGAAGUUGCUCGACAAUUUCCCGACGGUAUCUGUCGAGGCAGAAACUGCACCACUUAAUAGGGAUGUGCUCCGUAUGAGGUUGUACCUCUAUCCGGAAUUCGUCUGGAAUGACCGUCACCAUGGCACUUCUGAAUCAUACUGGGUUUGGGUUGAAAAUUCGGAAACGUCAGAAAUCUACCAUCAUGAGUAUUUCAUCCUGAGCCGGAAGAAGAUGCACGACAACCACGAACUCAACUUCACCAUACCACUGGCCGACCCCCUGCCUUCUCAAAUAUAUGUCAGAGUCAUAUCGGAUCGAUGGCUAGGAGCAGAGACCGUUCAUCCCGUCUCAUUCCAGCAUCUCAUCCGACCAGACACUGAGAGUGUGUAUACAGAUCUCCUGGACCUACAACCUCUUCCGAUCACCGCCUUGAAAAAUCCGGCGCUGGAAGAGCUCUAUGGACAACGCUUCCAGUUCUUCAAUCCGAUGCAGACUCAGAUUUUCCACACCUUGUACCAUACUUCAAACAACGUCCUCUUGGGUUCGCCUACCGGUUCCGGGAAGACCGUUGCUGCAGAGCUAGCUAUGUGGUGGGCAUUCCGUGAAAGACCAGGGAGUAAAGUCGUGUACAUUGCACCUAUGAAGGCGCUUGUUCGAGAGAGAGUGCAAGACUGGCGCAAGCGGCUCACCGUACCAAUGGGUUUGAAACUGGUUGAGUUGACUGGCGACAAUACUCCAGAUACACGGACUAUUCGAGAUGCAGAUAUCAUCAUCACGACGCCUGAGAAAUGGGACGGAAUAUCCCGCUCAUGGCAGACCAGAUCUUACGUUCGGCAGGUGUCUCUCGUGAUUAUUGACGAGAUACAUCUAUUGGGCGGCGACCGCGGUCCCAUCCUCGAGAUCAUCGUAUCAAGGAUGAACUACAUCGCGUCGCAAGCGGAAAGUGGAUCCAUUCGCCUGGUGGGCAUGUCGACGGCCUGUGCAAACGCCACCGACUUGGCGAAUUGGCUUGGGGUUAAGCCUGGAAACAAUCAAGGGCUCUUCAACUUCCGCCACAGUGUCCGUCCAGUUCCACUUGAGAUAUAUAUCGAUGGCUUUCCCGAGCAGAGGGGAUUCUGCCCGUUGAUGCAAAGCAUGAACCGCCCAACCUACCUUGCCAUCAAAAACCACAGUCCGGACAAGCCUGUCAUAGUCUUCGUGGCGUCGAGAAGACAAACUCGUCUCACUGCAAAAGACCUCAUUAAUUUCUGUGGUAUGGAAGAGAACCCGAGAAGGUUUCUACACUUUGACAAUGAAGACGAUCUUCAGCAUACUCUGUCCGCUGUCAAGGAUGCCGCGCUAAAAGAAGCGUUGAGUUUCGGCAUCGGCCUGCAUCACGCCGGGUUGGUAGAGUCUGAUCGAACACUUUCCGAGCAACUUUUCGCUGCGAACAAGAUCCAGAUCCUCGUUGCGACAUCGACGCUUGCCUGGGGCGUCAAUCUGCCUGCUCAUCUGGUCGUCGUCAAAGGAACCCAAUUCUUCGAUGCCAAAAUCGAGGGAUACAAAGACAUGGAUUUGACCGACGUUCUUCAGAUGCUUGGCCGAGCCGGACGACCGCAAUUCGAUACGUCUGGGAUUGCUCGCAUUUUUACCCAGGACUCGAAGAAGGCAUUCUACAAGCAUUUCCUACACACCGGGUUUCCCGUGGAGAGCUCUCUGCACAAAGUCCUUGAUAACCAUUUGGGCGCCGAGGUCUCCGCUGGUGUCAUAACCACCAAGCAAGACGCGCUCGAUUACCUAACCUGGACAUUUUUCUUCCGUCGUCUGCACAAAAACCCAACAUACUAUGGUCUUGAGAUCUCGGCGGAGGAGCACAAGGAAAAUCAGCUUGUUGCAAGACAAGCCGCUGCCGACUACAUGAUCACGCUGGUGGACAAAUCGCUCGACGACCUAGCUGAAAGUGACUGUGUUUUGGUGCACAAUAACGGCGACGUGGACAGCACUCCAUUUGGCAAGAUCAUGUCGUAUUACUACCUUAGCCACUUGACGAUUCGCAAGUUCCUGUCGAAAGCGCGCAAGAGCCCUUCCGCGACCUUCGCGGAUGCUCUGGCUUGGAUCAGCCUGGCUACUGAGUUUGACGAUCUCCCAGUGCGGCAUAAUGAAGAUCUUAUCAACGCCGAAUUGGCGAAGAACUUACCCUUUGACACCGAGGGUCUGAUGGACAAUCUGCCAAUGUGGGAUCCUCACGUCAAGGCAUUCCUCCUCAUCCAGGCGUUCAUGGCCCGCAUCGACCUCCCCAUCUCUGAUUACGUGGGCGACCAAAUCUCGGUGCUGGACCAGGGCAUUCGCAUCAUCCAAGCUGGAGUCGACGUCAUGACGGAGCUCAACAGGUUUGACGCUGUCGUGCAAAUGGUUAGACUGCUACAGUGCAUCAAGUCUGCGCGAUGGCCGGAGGAUUACCCGCUCAGCAUUCUGCCUGGUGUGGAUGAGGUGUUUGACGAAAAGCUUGAAGGGAAAGUCCCGAAGGACUUGGUCAUGACCGCGGUGCUGUCUACCAGGCAUGGAGUGAAGACAAUUGACGGGUUGAUGAACGUGCUUGGAAUAAAAGCCCAAAAUACCCGUAUGGCGUUCAUCAAGGCGGUGAAUGCACUUCCAGACCUUGCUUUGUCGGCGACGGGCGACACGGACAAUUUGCAACUCACUCUGAAACGCAGGAAUCGACUGCUUGACCAUGAGGCCAGAAUAUACGCCCCGAGAUUCCCAAAGCCACAGACAGAGGGCUAUUUCGUCCUUGUGCUCCCUCCCGGAUCGGCUUCAAGUGGCCAGGGGUUGGAUGUCUUGGCUCUCAAGAGGGCGAAUUGGUCCACUACAAAACAGGGAACUCGGAGCAAGGCCGUAGGCACUGCAAACGUCAAGCUCAAGAUCCCAGCUCCGGAAUUGGACGCGGGAAGAGGCCAGGAGGAGAUGAAGGUCGAUAUUCUCGUCAUGAGCGAUGCAUACCCGGGAAUGGAGUGGCGGCUGGAGAAUGUUGUUGUUCCGGUUGCGCAAAAGGAGGCUGGAGGGUCGAAGACGGUAGAGGUGAAUGUUGACGAGGGUUUGCUGAAGAAGAAAUAG